GCUAGUUAUAUAGAGGCUACUAGACAGACCCUGAGUCAGUAUAUUUGGCGCUCAAGGGAAAUUUUCAGGGUGCAGCGCCAAGCCCAGCUCCCGCCGUCUCAUUGGCGUGCGCUUUAUCAGCGAUUUUUUAGAACUUCAUUCAAACAUUACACCGAACUACACGCACCCUCACAUCCGCCACCAUGCCCAUUUCCAAGAAAGACAGAAUUCAGCGAGAGCACAAAAAAGCCGACAAGGCUGGCACCCGCGCCCCGGUCAAGGCAAAUGGGCUACCCGUCAAGGCACCGAAGCCGACGUCGAUUUGCCAGAAUUGUCGCCGCGAGAUUGUAAACACGAACAUAGCUCAGCUUGAAGCCCACGCACUCAGUCACGAUCAGACUUCGUGGCCAAAGGAAAAGUGCUGGCCGGGUCUCUUUUGAGGGGGCGCAUGUGGAAUUAGAGAGAAGGAAUAUGGGCACAUGAGCUUGGUUGCCGAUGAGGGCUGCGACGCCGCUGGUAAACGGGCCAUAGCAUACCACUCCCUGUAACGACGGAGAUGAGCAUACGAACUUAAUGGGAACAAUCGAAACGUGCACUGCAACAACCCAAAACCUUCACACAUUCAUGGCCAACUUUGGAAUUUGCGACGAGGAGAGCUGAAUUGAAUAGCCUCUAUUCUGCUCUUGGAUUGCGUAAAUUUGGUGAUGGUCCUUGAGAUUGAUAUAGAUUCCAGUGGAGUUGUAGAUAGACUGGGAAGAGUACUUGCAUGGCUGAUCGCGGUUGUAGAUGUUUCGACUAAUUUGUAGGUCAG